AAUUCAUGUAUAUAGAUGUUGUAUAGACACGGCUUAUCUGUAUACUCGCCAUCUUGAAUAUAUUGCAAAUCAGGCACCUGUUUUUCCCGGAGGGUGUUUUGUUGAUUAAAGGUUCUGAAUUAUAUACCAAACAGGGCGAUUUUUCCAGAAUUAGAAAGUCAAUCAAGCUUAACUAAGGAGAAUGCAAAAGGAGAUGCCCCCUCCUGCCUACGCGGCACAUCCGCCGCAGUAUGGGCACCCAUCGACCCACUAUGGGCAGCCCCCGCCAGUGAUCACCGCCCCUCAACCGGGUUAUUACCCCUACCCCGCUCCUAAUAACAACAUGACGAUGAACAACACAGUCACUGUUCCAACGGGAGGAUAUUCGCACGGUGGAGGAACUACUAUUGUCAGGACCCAGAGAGGCAAUAAUGGUUCUUGUUGCGCUGGUCAUUUGCCGAACUUCAAUGAUACGGCGGGCAAGACCACGGGUCUUAUCAUGCUAUCCGGUGGGGUCAUUACCAUCAUCGUAAUAACAAUAUCUUUGAUCGUGAGGACUUACUACGAUAUCGGGGGACUCGGCGCGAGCAUCGGAGCUGCCAUCUUUCUAUACAUACCAACCGGUAUUCUUGGCGUCUGCUCUCACGGGAAGUCGUCGUGUGUGGUGACAGCAUUUCUGGUCAUGUGCAUCUUGACAGCGCUUGAGGCCUUUGCGAUGACUGCUUACGAAGCCGUUGCAGCAGGCCUUCUCUCGUAUGAUUACAUCUGCGAAUGGGUCUUCUGUUACUGGCAACAAAACUCGGUGGUCGUUGCCAUGCAUGUUAUCGCCUGCAUCAUCGCUUUCGUCAUCUUCAUCGUUGCCAUCGUCGGAUCCGGGUAUUCAUGCGCGGGAAUGAAUGGUGCCGUGGGCGACGUCCCGGCGACCAUGGUUGUGACCCACCAGCCUGUGCAGCCAACAGUACAGGCGACAACUACUACACACACCAGCUCUACAUAUGGAGGAAGUCACACAGCAACGAGCACUACAUACUACUAGCCCAAACAAUCAACAUCGUGCGCGAAACGGAAAA